AAAGCCUAGUAUUUUGUCCGUCCUGAAAUUUGAUUCAGAAGUUCGGGAUCCUGGAAGACAAAAAGCAAACGGAGGGGGAGGGAAGAAAGGCAGACGAGGACGGAGGGUUUUUUUUAAACUGCGAGGAGAGUAAACUCACCCAAAUACUCCGCAACCUCCGACUAAAUCUGAUGUUUUAAACUGAUCUUGGCCUGAUUUCCACCUGGACCUCUUCCUGCUCCUCUCAGGCUCUGUGACUAUGAGCACCUCGGGGCUUCAGGCCACUAACCGGCAGAAUGCAAAGGAGCUCGACAGCAUGAAGGAAUCCAUCAGCGAUAUCAUCAACCAGCUCCAGGACAUCGACCCGGCCAGGCUCUCCUUCUCCCCCUUCCUGGAUCUGGACACUCAGAUCUCUUUGGCUCCGGUGUCAGACAGCCCCGAGUCGUCGGUGGAGGAGCUGCACUCGUCCUCCCACUCUGUCUCCGGCUCCCAGCGCUCGCUGGAACCGCCACCAGCGACGGAUCAGCCAAGGAGCUCUGCUCCUUGCCACCAGCAGUCUGGCGUCAGUCUCCCACAAGAGCCUCGAGCGCAUCGUGGGGAGGAGGGGGAGCUGGAUCAAACUCUUUCCAGUCCUAUCAUCACGGCGCGCAAUUUGGACGCCGCCACGGAAAACUGCGUCGGCCCUCCAACCCCGGCCUCUCAGGGAGACAUUCCCAACGGCACAGACGCACCGAGAUGGAGUCCAGAAUCCACCAAUCUGGACUGCACUGUGGACGAGGGUCGGCCUCUGAUAGGGCCGCCGCCGGAGAGCGUGGAGCUGGCUGUGUGGAGCUCCGAGGGCCGGGGAGAGACUUGCGUGGCUGCGCGGGAGGCUUCGGAUCGGGGGCAAUGCCGCUGCUGCCAGUGCACAUGCUGUCAGAGCAGCCGAGUCCCCGCUUUCUUCUCGGUGCUGGCCUCGCUUCUGUGUGCGUCCGGGAUCCUCUAUGCACUCUAUUUCUACGUGCCCAUCAAACCCCCUGACUUCCCUGACGUAACCAGCCGCAUCGUUUUCACCUUGUGCUGCUGUGUGGUGGCCGCUGUCCCCAUCCUGCUCGCGAUGCUCAUGGGUGCAGCCUGCCAGUUCUGCAACGGCUCCUUCGAUCUGCAGGAGUCGUUUCCCAGAAGAGGUGCGGUUCAGCAGCUUUUCGUCACCACAUCCCUGGAGCAGUUACUCCUCUAUGUCCUGAACCUUGUUGUAAUGGCUGCGUUACUGCCUCAAGACCAGCUGAAGUUGGUGCCUAUCCUGGUCAUAAUGUUCAUCUUUGGAAGGCUUGUUUACUGGGUCGCCCUGAACACGUGCGUCUCCUGGCGAGGCUUUGGCUCCGGCCUGAGCGUCUUCCCACUCCUCGCCAUGGUGGCUCUUAAUCUGUUCCUUGUGUACAUGCUCCAUCUGAGAGAGCCACUUUUUGGCUCUCAGGACGUCCUCUAUAAUCAGGUCACCCCCUCUUCCUGGUCAUCACAGAGCCCGAGUGCCACACCAGACAUCCUGGACGCUCAGUGAAGAGGCGAGCUGCCUGCUUCCUUCUCCGAGAGGAGGAGAUCUUUCCAAAAAUAGCCCAUUCCUGUGGUCUGCAGUUCAGCACAGCUACCCGUGCUGCCACUGCAACCUCCAACUCUGUGACGGCUUGACUUGUGUUUUCUUGCUCCUCCCUAUACACAACCUUUUAUGUGGAUUCAUGCUUAUUAUCUGAAAUGCAAGAGCUCCGCCUGCUAGUGGCUGGGGACGCCUUUGAACAAUGCUGUAGUCAUAAAACAUUUGUCCUUUUAAGCUAUUCCUGUGCCUACAUUUAAUGUUUUGAACUCUAAAUACUUAAAAGCUCUGCUAUAUAUACAUACAUAUAUAUGGCUGGAUUUGGUUUGACCGAAACACGAGCAAAGCAGCUGCAGUUGUCAGACUUUAUUAUUAUUUGACAAAGUUUGUACAUGAUGAAGACAGAAUA